UGGAUUAAGAAGCUGGUGAAGUUAGUUGGUCUGAGCGGUUCUGAGGCGCGGAGUCGCGGCGGAAUCCCGGAGUUCUGCGGACUAACCGGGUCAGUCCGGCUGUUUAUCUGUUUACUGACCCGCUGAGAGGAUUAAACCCGGGAAUUCUGAGUUUACGGACCACAGGAAGCAGCAAAUCACCGCAAUGUAGAGAGUCCACACAGUCCAGCUCAGCCAUGGGUUCGGAGGCGGUGGAGGACUGUGUGCAGGGGGCGCUGUCCUCCCUCUACCCCCCGUUUGAGAGCACUGCUCCCCCUCUCCUCUCCCAGGUCUUCUCAGUCCUGGAGUCCACCUACCAGCACGACAGUCUGCGCUAUCUCCUGGAUUUCUUCAUCCCAGCCAAACAUCUUCUCCACAGACUCCAGCAGCAUGCCUGCUCCCAGUACCUGGGCUGUCUGUUCCUGCAUUCUGGUUGGCCGCUGUGCCUGGAGGAGAAGGUGGUGGUCCAGCUCUCGACUCUCGACUGGAGACUUUUGCGCAGUACUGACUUCUACCUGCAAGUGGUGCCGUUUUCCACCCGUUGUCCCCGCCUGGCCCUGAAGUGCCUGGCCCCGGGGGGCCGCAACGUCCAGGAGGUCCUGGUGCCUGAGUCCCAGCAUCCCCUGGUUUUCACGGCUGAGUGGCUGCACUGCAUCAACAAGGAGCGGGGCUGCAACAGGGAAGGAGGUGGCUGUUUAGACACCUGUCUAGUCAGCACUUGUGACGGCGUGGUGCGAAUCCCCUGGGACGAGGUGGUGUACCCGAAAUUGCUCCACAACCCAACGGACCCUCUUUCCAGCCUGGAGCAUCCCUCCAAAGACCCUGCAGCCCCUAAAUGCCUCUCCCCGACCACAGGGGGUCUGGGAGUGGGGUGGGGCUCUUCCUCGGGAGAGGCCGACUCUUGGUCUUGGGACGAAGAGGACGACUUGCCUCCGGAUGGGGACGAAGCCGAGAUCGAGUCUGCUUUGGGACGCCUGAGGCAGGAUCAUCUGGUUGCAGAUGGUUCUGGGGAUUAUGUGGAGCUUCUGGAGCCUCGAGGAGGUCCUGACGGUGGCGCCGAUCCCAAGCAGCGAUACUUGGAGAUGCAUGGAAUCUGCAAGACUAAGACGCUGCCGCUGUGCAGGAGGAGCAAGGCAAUCCGGUUGCGCAAGGGAAAGGCGUGGGGGUAUGGCAGGGGCGAUGCUGCGGGAAGGACUGGAAGCUUGGGAAGGAGGGACAGCAACAACAGUGGCAAGGAAAAUGGGGCAACUCGGAGGGAUUCGAUGAAUUCGAGACCUCCACCUCGGGUUAUCAAUUUGGCUCGAGAAAGGAGGCCGUGCCCUCCUUGCCUACAGGACUCGCAUGAGGGUGGUACUGAUCCAUUAGGUCUGGAAAGCAGGGGACUUUAUUUGAAGGGUCCUGUCAAGGAGAGGAGGCCUGGUGUGGGGAAGGAAAGAGAGGGAGUUGGUAGCACUUUGCCUUGGGAAGAAAGUGCCAAAGGAAGGGUCUCAAUAGGCCAUAGCUCUAGAGUUGAGGAUUGCAAUGAAGUAGACUUACCUGUAGCAGGUAAUCCAGGGGUGGACCAUCCAGUUGAAGAUCACGGUCUGCACUUAGACUCUGUUUUUAAGAGCGAUAAGUCUUCGACUGGCACUUUAGACAGUAGAGUUAAAUGUUCAGGAGAAUUAGCCAAUGCUUCCAAAGAUGCCAACACUUCAGAUUCUAGAAAAACGUUGGCGGAAACUGUCAACGGAUCUGAAACAAAGCUAAAGCCACUUGCAGACUCCUCUCGUAACAAGGAAUCACACUCCAAGUACAAUAUUCAGAGCCUAACCAAAGAUUCAUCUAACUCCAAAAAUCAAACGGGACGUUGUAACGAACUCAAGAAGCAGAAUCAAGGUAGAAAUCCCUCUCAACCAGGUACCGACAGUGCUGCCAGUGAAAAGCAUGCUGGGAAGACGGAGGAACGCGUGUGUCCCAGAGGAAGGGAAGUUAAAGCAGCUGGAUUUCGAGCACCCAGACGGAAGAGGAAGGGUAAAGGAAAAGGAAAGGGCAAAUCCGGUGCUCGUACCAACCAAAAAAACAAGGGAGAACCUCAAAGUCUCUCAAAGACCCAAAACAAGGCCUGCCCAGCCUCCACCACCUCAGAUUCACUGGCUAACCCUUCCCACUCUGAGGACGCCCAACCAGAGGAGCCCAAAAAACAGGAAAAAGAGCCUGUUUUAACCAAUGGCAACGCAGCAGAGCCUGAAUCUGCUGGCACAAGUCCAGCUGAAAAACUGGAAGUUCAAUCUGAAAACACCAAAGAUUCAAAAACCCAGUCGGGCACAUCCUUACCUGACCACUCACCUGAAGGAGACGGGUCAUCAGGACCUUCUGUCCAAUCCAAAGCUCCCCUGUCUCCUGAAGCUCCUCCUCUGCUUAGGGAUUUAGACGUUGAGCUCCUCCAAUCAGGAACGUUCAUAAUGACAGGUACUGUGGACAGACUUGGACGAGGUUUGGUUAUUACAGAAGCUCACGUCCCUAAGGAGGGUCACCAUGUCAGUGAUGUAGUGCAGCUGUUGUCCUGUUUUUACACCAGUACCAGACCUGCAGCCCGAGAGAAAGGCCUGACUGUACUGGUGGACAGCAGACAGGCUCCUCCCCCUGAACUCUGCCUCUCUGCACUAAAGCUACUGAAGGCUCAGUUACCAGCAGCUCUUGGUUCUGUUCUAAUUCUCACAAAAGAAGAUCAGGAGUCGGCCCCGCCCACUCUGGAUGGAAUAGAGGUGCAUUCAGUGAGAGGUACUGGGGUCCUGCAGCAGUAUGUGGACAGGCAGCAGCUGACCAAGGAUCUGGAUGGAGACUUUGAGCACUCUCAUGCUGAUUGGCUGACCUUCAGGCUGAGCCUGGAGCAGCUGACCCAGCGCUGCCAGAGCGCCCUCUCUCUGCUGGAGGAGGCGCUGCAGUCCAUGGAAACAGAGCCGCUGCCCGACUGCAUUAAGUCUGUGCCGCUCAGUGUUGAUAAACACAAGCAGCUGAUGUCGGAUGUUUUGGCCGAUGAGCGUCUGACAGAGCUCCAAAGAAGGGGCGGGGCUUGGCUGGCUGGACUGGCUAACGGAACCUCAGGAUUGGCUCAGAAGUCGCCAGACUGCAGGGCCGCUUUAUCCGCGACCUCUAGCCUGUACGACAGCGUGGACGACGCGCUCCAUCGGCUGGUGAGGGUCUCCAACCAGAGGGGUCACGACCUGGAGGCACUGGGGAGACUGGCAGCUUUAGUGAACAGACUGGACAAGUGUGAGGUGGAGAUAGAGCGAGUGCAGGAGCAGCUGGAGGACUAUAAGGAUCCGCCCCUUUCUCUCAGCCGCCUGUCACUCAAACAGCAGAAGUUCAGAAGCUUCCGAGAGUCGGCCAUGGAGCUUCACAGUGAGACUCUAGUGGUACUGGGAGAGGUUGAGAGUUGGUCUGAACUUGAUUGGCCAGGGCUGGGGGCGGUCCUUAAACGACUCCCACCAAUCAGAGAGAAGGUCAGAGACAUGUCUCACUGUCUGUCCGACUGCUGGACACAACUGGACAACACACAGAGACUGCUGUCCACUCUAACUGAGGCGUCCCAGUGGUGCGAUGUGGUCUCCUCCUCCUCCCCCCUCUCUUCCCCCUCCUCCCCGCUCUCCUCGCUCCCCCCCAUCCCGCCGUCCCGGUUCCAGGACGCCCGGGCCCUGGCUCUUGAGCUGGGGGGCGGGGCUCUGCUGGAGCUCUGGGCGCAGACUCUGGACCGGUACCAACGGACGCUGGCCCACUUUAAGACCCGGGUUCUGCAGGCCGAGCGCGGUUCACCCACAGCCGCCCAGGGCCAGGAGCCCGAAUCAGGCCCGCUCCGGACCCCGCGGACCCCUGGGCCUGGUACCACCAGCAUGUGGGAGCUGGAGGGGGAGGUGGAGGCGGAGUGGAGCGGUGGGGAGGGUGGGCUGCAGUCCUGGGGGUCUCUGGCCUCGGUUUUCCGCCCUCAGAACUGCUCCACGCUGAAGAUCGGAGAGGAGAAGAAGAAGGAGGGGUCCGGGGGGACGGCGGGAGGCGGGAAGUUCCUGCAGAACCUUCUCAACCCAAACAAGAAGAGCCCCACAGAAGCUCCUCUGCCCCCCAAACCUCCGCGGAAACGCCACCCGAGCUUCGACCUACAGGCCCUGCUGGCACCGCGGCGAGCGACCGCCACCGUGACCCGCCCCGCGGAGGCGCCGCUGAGCGCCGGGAGCCGGGCCUCGCCCCUGUCCUGGCUGGGCAGGAAGGCUGUAGCUGACCCCAUCCUCACCGCGGGGAUCUCAGCCGCCGUGCCGGGGUGGAGGGACACCGGAGGAGGAGGAGGUGCAGGAGGAGGUGUUGGAGGUGGUGUUGGUGGAGGGGUGCUGAUUCGGGGAGUGGAGGUCAGCAGUAGGGAGAUCGCUGAUCAUACCGGACUGACCCGGCAGCACGUCCUGCUCGGCCGGACGGAGAGAGAGAUGGGUGGAGAGAGGCCUGGAACCACGGCUCAGAGUAAGCUGUACCUGCAGUGGUGCCGGCUGGUGAGCUCUGAGAGGCAGUACGUGUCUCUACUGAAGGCUGUAGAAGAGAAUUACCUCCCCCUGCUGGACAGCGCGGAUGCCCCGCCCCCUCUGAGAGGGAAGGCUGACCAGCUCUUCUCCAAUUGGCGCAGCCUUGCAGCCUUCCACUCGCAAUUACUCCUCCCCGCCAUGGAGGGUGCUCUUUCCCAGACACUGCAGCAAACUGACUGCUUCAGUAAAUGCAGGGAUCAGUUCGUGCAGUACUCGCACUACAUCCGCAUGAAGCCUGAUCCGGACUCUUUACUCGUCAGCCAGGCUGUUGACUUCUUCAAGGUGAAGCUGUCCGGUUCUCCCUCUCUCUCCUCCGUCUCGUUUCCUCAGUGUCUGUUGGCUCCGACUCAGAGGCUGCAGCACUACUGCGAGAUCCUGGAGGAACUGGGAGGUCUAAACCCCGCCCCUGACUCCGCCCUCUCCAUUCUGAGACACGCCCAGCGGCACGGAGAGGACCUGCGGGCGAGCGACCUGAUCACGGGCUGUCCGGUCCCCGUAGCAGAACGUGGUGAGCUGGUACGGCAGGGUGAGCUGUGUGUGUGUGCGGGGGGGAGGAGGAAGAAGACAGGAAUGAGGAGUGUGUUCCUUUACCAGCAUUACAUCAUCUUCACCAAACACAAGACCCCCAGCCCCGGACGCAGCGUCUACAGCUUCAAACACUGCCUAAAGACGGGAGAGAUGGGUCUGACUCAGAGUGUUGGAGAGGAGGGUCUGAGGUUCGAGGUCUGGGUGAGACAGAACUCCAGAACCAAGGACUGUCUCACCCUGCAGACGUCCAGCCCUGAGGAGAGAGAGGUCUGGACCCACGACAUCGCCCAGCUCCUGUGGACUCACGCCAUCCAUAACACAGAACUGUGUCUGAAGGAAUCUCUGUGUAUGGGAGUGUCCAGUAAGCUGCUGCUGGAUGUAACCGGAACUCCGACAGCUGAGCUGGACUCCAGUUUCAGUCUUAAUGACAGAGUUCAGAGUAGCUGUUCAGACUCCUCUUCAGUGGGGAGUCAGAAGGAAGGAGGUUCUCCAGCUGUUGCUCGAGACCCAAAGAGGGACUCAACCCAAAGUGUCCACACUCAGAAUUCAUCGCCGUCCACCACCGUGUGAUAAUCAUCUCGAGAUUAAAGAAUUAAAAUGGACAUUCACUGGAUAUCGGGACAACUGGACUCUGGGACAACAUGCUGAAGUAAAAAUAAAAUAAAAAAAAAAAGACUGGAAGACUCAGCAGCAGUUCCUAUACCUACAGUACUCCUAUACUCUAUACUACAGUACAGUAUCUCACGGUCUGGAGGAGGACACGCCUUCACUCACUCUGCAGAGCAUCUCCCAGUUCCUCUGUGGUGGAAAGACUGGUUUCCAGGUACUGGAGCUUGUUUGCAACUGGCUCCUCUGAUGGAUUAGCUGCUUAAAAGUGAACCAAAAAAAAAAAACUUCAAAGAUCUAACAGGAUCUAAAAGCUCAUUCCAUAACUUCAGUGAUCAGUGUUAUAAGAGUGGGCGUGGCUUCAGCCCUGAAUAGUUUCUUUUUCAGAAUUUUUUUCAUUCUUUUUCUCUUUUCCUCUCAUAAUCAAAGAACUUUCAUCAUUACAGCACCUAAUAAUUACAGGCUAAUGCUAUCUUGCUGCACUCGUGAUUCGCUGUUAUCUCGCCAUUCCUAUUUUUGGACGUUAUUCACACACACUGGCUGCGCUGGUACCAAAUCAAAGAUGACGCCAAUGCCAGUUCAUUAUCUUCCAAAUAGCAGUUUGCCAGCGAGGCCUGGGGGAAAUUUCUGCACAGAAUUAGUAGUCACGCACCAGCACUUCAAAGCGCACGCCAUCAAAAGUCACAGCAAAUAUAAGCAAAUAUGAUCUUUUGAGGAAAGCCUGGAUUCUUCGAUUGUGUGGAGAUUUUUACGCUUUUAUUGUGAUCUGAAGAAUCGAAAUUAUGGUGCUUUUUGAGUUUUAAACCUGUGAUGUUUGGAAAUUCAGGGAAAUUAUGGGUUUAUUUUAUGUUUGGAUAGUCUGUGGACAGGCCAGCUUACUUAUUGAAGUGUGCUACAAUAUUACAAUUAUUAAAAAUAAUCCUUAUUAACACUUCUACAGCGAACAUACUUCAGAAUCUGGAGUCAUUCCAACUUAAAAUGAUGCAGAAACUAAAUACAGAUUGUUUUUUUUUUUACAGAGUUUGAACAGCAAGUGGUUUGAAUCCCAGUCAUGCAGCUUGCCAUCAGCUGCCGGAGCCCUGAGAGAGCACAAUUGGCCUUGCUCUCUCUCUCUCUCUGGAUGGGUACAGUAGUAGAUGGCGCUCAUUCCCUUCAUCACUCCAAAGGGUGAUGUGGAUCAGCACAAGGCUGCGUCUGUGAGCUGUUGUAUCAGAACCGAGUCGCUGCGCUUCACCCUCAUGGUGUUGUAGGGAAAUACAGCUGAGUAGCAGCUAAAUAGGUGGGAAAAUUGGUUUUAAUUAAAAUAGGAGAAAAUUAGGGGGGAAAAAUGAUAAUAAAUGUAUGCAGUCUGCGGAUAAACAAUCAGUGCUUUAUAAUUUAGUAGCAGAUACUAAACUCACUAAAUUCAAUCACAUAUUAUGUCAAGAAAUGAACUCUCUUUUGUUAUUUUGUCUUUUAUGUUGUGUGUGGACCUAACUGUUAAUGUUUGAGUUAAGUUAACAUUCUUUAUUCAGUCAUUAUUUUAGAUGCAUCAUUUUAAGUUGGACUAACUUUGAACUGAUUUUACACAGUGCGUGGAUCCACGGAUUUCCCAGCUCCGCCCUCCUAAAGUCCAGCUCAGUAUUAUAUACAGUGACGUAAACCAAAUGAUUGGCCCCUUACAGAUUUAUUUUAUUUUUGCAGUUUUGCCAUACUUACAUUUUUCAGAUUAUUAAACAGACUUUAAUAUCAGACAAAUAAAACCUGAAUUAAUAUGAAAAGUACUUUUUUAAAUGAUUAUUUUGUUUACCGAAGGGAAAAAACACUAUUCAAACCAAUCCAAUCUAGCCCUUUGUAAAAAAGUGUUUGCUUGCCCUAUAAAUUAACUGUAAUUAAUCAAACUUUUUAGAAAUCUAAGUUUAAUUUCACUACUAACCACAACCAGACCUGAUUACUGCCAGACAAAUCAGAGCCAGAGAAUAUCCAGCCAUCUGUUGACCGUGACCUCAAGCUCAGGCGUACUUGGGUUCUGCAGCAGGACAAUGACCCACAGCACACAAACAAGCUCUUCACCUCGGAACGACUUAAAAAUAAAAACUAAAUGAAGGUUUUGGAGGAGUGGUCUAGUUAAAGUCUAAUUGAUUGAGAUGCUGUGGACGAUCUUAAACAGAAAGGUUAUGCUGGAAAAUCAUUCAAUGAGUCUGAAUUUAAAUAAUUCUGUAAAGAAGAGUGGAACUAAAUUCCUCCACAGAGAUGAGAAAGACUCACUUCCAGUUAUCAGUAAAGCCUGAUUUGCAGCUGUUAUUGGAUUUAGAAGGCAAACACUUUUCCACACAGAUUGGUUUGGAUAGAAUAAAUAAAAUUAUCAUUUAAAAAGUGCUUUUUAGAUUUUACUAUUAUUUGGAAAAAUAUUAGUAUGACAAAAAUGCAAAAAACGUACAACAUCUAUAGGGGGCAAAUACAUUUUCAAACCACUGUAUUAAUCUGUAUAUAUUAUAUAACGUACGGCAUCUGUACGACUGUAUGACUGUGUUUUGUGUGUUUAUUCCUCGAGUAUAAUACUACAUAAUAUCAGUGUAGGGCAUCUAACACUGCAUGCUCUGCUGAAGCAGGUCAGAAUUUUGAAUUUUAGCUAUUUCUAUCUAUAAGGUGCUGAUUGUUUUGUUUUUUACUUUUUCCCCUGAGUGUAAAUGCAAAUUUUUUGUUUUUCUCAGUUUUUCUUGCUUUUUUAUUGGGUUUUUCUCAGUUUUUACAGAUGUUCAGGUCUUGUUUUGUCCAACAGGAGGUGCUAGGGAGCAGAAACAGCUUGAAGACAAUGAGUCUGGCAUUUUUCAAACACUCUGCUAAAGGCCAAAUCCAUUUUUUUGUGUUCAAGCCAAUGAAUUAUUGUUCUCUUAUGGUGAUGCUGUACAUGUUCAGAUCUCAUUCUCGUUCUCUGGCUUAAUCCACACGUUUAAUAAACACUAUAAACUGUAUAAACCCCAGGGCCUGGUUCUCUGGACAGAGGUAUUUAUUACAUAUAGUAAUAUACAGCGCUGGAAAAAAUUAAGAGAGCACUUCAGUUUCUGAAUCAGUUUCUCUGAUUUUUUUUCUUUUUAUAGGUUUAUGUUUGAGUAAAAUAAACAUUGAUGUUUUGUUCUAUAAACUACAGACAACAUUUCUCCCAAAUUACAAAUAAAAAUAGUCAUUUAGAGCAUUUAUUUGCAGAAAAUGAGAAAUUCAGCUUUCAGACCUCAAAUAAUGCAAAGAAAACAAGUUCAUAUUCAUAAAGUUUUAAGAGUUCAGAAAUCAAUAUUUGGUGGAAUAACCCUGUUUUUUAAUCACAGUUUUCAUGCAUCUUGGCAUCAUGUUCUUCUCCUCCACCAGUCUUACACACUGCUUUUGGAUAACUUUAUGCUGCUUUACUCCUGGUGCAAAAAUUUAAGCAGUUCAGAUCAUCCAUCUUCCUCUUGAUUAUAUUACAGAGGUUUUCAAUUUGGUAAAAUCAAAGAAUCUCAUCAUUUUAAGUGGACUCUUAUUUUUUUUUCCAGCGCUGUAUGUGUAUAUGAUUAAGGCCCAGUCCUAUUUUUCCUUAACUAACUACAAGAGAAAGGGGUGAAAUUGUCCCCUAAUAAGUGGAACAAUCCUUAAAGCACGAGCUCAGCAGUGCCAAAGUCAGAGCUCACCUGGCUCCUAAAGGGAAUGCUUAAAGUGAAAGUGACACGCUGAUUGGUUUAUUUCACGCCACACUCCUAAAACACACCCAUGAUUAAUUAAGUGAAUUACUACAUGCCUUUUGCGUGUUUUAAGCUGUGCAAGGUGUACUUUUCCCGUUGUUACGAUAGCAAAGACACACUGACAUGCCCUAAAUCAAGGUAUUCUUUUCCCAUUGUUAUGAUAGCAAAAAACAAUGACACACCCUAAAUCAAGGUGUACUUUUCUCAUUGUUGCAAUAGCAAAGAAACACUUACAUGCCCUAAACCAAGAUAUACUUUUCCCAUUGUAAUGAUAACAAAAACCCACUGAUACACCUUAAAUCAAGGUGUACUUUUCCCGUUGUUAUGAUAGCAAAUACACACUGACACACCCUAAAUCAAGUUAUACUUUUCCCAUUGUUAUAAUAGCAAAAAAACACUGACACACCCUAAAUGACCCUAAAACAAGCUAAAAUAGGGCCAUAAAAGUUCAGAUUUGAGCAUAUUUUCCAACACAGAUCCUACUGUUACUCUGCUGUUAGUUAGUGCCAUAUGAAUUCUCAUACCCACCACUCUCUCUCUUUCUCUCUCUUUCUUUCUCUCUCUUUCUCUCUCUGGCCCGGGUUCUCUCUUGCUGUUCGAGGGGAAGAGGGUUCUGCUCCGGCUCGGAGCUGCGUGAGGAUCCAGCUGGCUUUGAUUGUCAUGGCGGCUCCGCCAGCCAAAUCCGAGGAUGGUUUGCAUGAGAGCGAACGCUGUGACUUUCUGCUUUCUUGCUUUAUGAGUUAUGUAAUUGUUGAACCCCACCCUCGUAUAUAUUCUAUUAUCCUCCAUCAGACCUUCAGCUGCUUUAAUCUCGCAGAGCUCCGCAUCGCUCCACUCGUCCUAGAGAAUCUGCGCUGGAAUUUCUAAAAGGCUAAUUUUAUAGCUUUACAAGAAAAGAGUAAUUUCAAAUAGAGCUGGGUGAUAUGGAUUUGCCAUCAGCGGCCGGAGCCCCGAGAGAGCACAAUUGGCCUUGCUCUCUCUCUGUCUCUCUGGGUGGGUACAGUAGAUGGCGCUCUUUCCCCUCAUCACUCCUAGGAUGAUGUUGAUUAGCACAAGGCUGCGUCUGUAAGCUGGUGUAUCAGAACCUAGUAAACCGCUGUGAUGCCAUAACGUUUCUCAUCCCACAGCUUUUAGGGUGGGAUCACGACAAAUUUGUAAUAUCGUAGGACCUUGACCUGAUUAGCUUGCACUUAGCUUGAUUUUCCUACUUAAAGUUUAAGUUCAUUCACAACUUUCCCUUUCUAGUUUUAUUUUGUGUUUUAAUUUGUGUAAAGAGGUGAUCUGGUGAUCUGGAAUCAUCAAAAAUUGCACCCAACAUCACGACUGCAGGCUCUCUGGAUGUGUACAGUUUGUUAAGUUCUGGUGGUCGUCCAGUUUGGGAAGAGUCAGUCUAUCUUCUGCUCAUUCAUCUUCUUUAUCUUACUUUCUGCUCAUCUCUUUCUCCUUUUAUUUAACCCAAAACAUGGCUCGCUCCAGCCGCCGCUCCGGGACUCUGUGUGGUCGGGCCAGGCUGAUUCUUAUCAAGAACUAACAAGAACUAAUGCUUUUAGAGUUUCUCUGACAUUCCUUAGGACUUUAUCCUGCUUUAUUAGAGAGAGUGUGUGAGUGUAAGUGUGUAUUAGUGAGAGAGAGAAAUAGAGAGGGCGAGCGAGAGAGAGAGUGUGUGUGUGUGUGUGUGUGUGUGUGUGUGUGAGCUGCAUUAGGAAUGUAGCUAAGGCUUUAAACCCACACCAAACUCAAUCCAAACAUACUUUCCACAGUGGGAAAUCUGUGCGAUUCAGCGCUUUUGAAGCAGCUCGCUCUUCACAACUAUAAAUACCUUGGCAUGACUCGCCGUUUUCAUUGUAAAUAGGAGCUUCUACCAAAGAAACACAGCGCUCUCAUAAGCUUCUCAGCCUCUUUUUGAUACUGUUUACAUGUAUUUAGCGUCGUAAAACCCUCUUAUCUGCAUUAAUGAUGGAUCGACUGCAUGCUGUGUUGAUCUUUGUUUCACUUUUGUACUUGUUGUGUCUGAUUUUGUCGCUCCUGAGAGAAUUAAAACUGGAGAUGAACCAGAA